GACCAAUUAUUGUCGAUUAUUCGUUGAUCGUAAGAAGAAUAAUCGAUUGUGAUUGGCCAAUUUCUUAAGCUUAAGGCUUAAUACACGUAUUGCAGGCACUCUUAACCUGCUAUUGGAUUUAUACGCAAAUUGAAAAGAAGCCGACUGCCUGAUUUGUCACUGAAUCGUACUACUAUUGCACCAAAGACGGUGGCGACAUGUAGCAGAAACUCUGAGACUUAUGAUGCUAACCUAUUUCGCUGAACGGAAAGGAUUAUAAAGACCGGUAUUUACAGUCCGAUCUUAUAUUCAAAAGAAUUUCUGGGAAUUAAUAAAAGGUUCUCUUAUUGAACCAUCGGUUGUGUUUCAAACUGCAUUGCGAAAAGUGUUCAAACCUUUUUAAAAUAAAGUGCACACACGAAGAAGAAAAGACAACACGUGGUUGACACACACGUGUAUACGUUUAUUAUAAAACUGAUGUUACCUUUCAAUUAAAAUGGGGAAGAAAACAAAAACUGGAAAGCAGAGGAGAGACAAGUAUUAUCAUUUAGCCAAGGAAACAGGUUAUAGGUCACGUGCUGCUUUCAAGUUAAUUCAGUUAAAUCGGAAAUAUGAAUUUCUUCAAAAAUCUAGAGUAUGCAUCGAUCUAUGUGCAGCGCCUGGUGGCUGGAUGCAAGUUGCCAGACAAAAUAUGCCAGUAUCAUCUAUAGUUGUAGGAGUAGAUCUGUUUCCUAUAAAGCCUAUUCCAGGAUGUAUCAGUGUUACAGAGGAUAUUACAACAGAUAAAUGUAAGGUGGCUAUUAAACGAGAAUUGAAAACAUGGAAAGCUGAUGUUGUUUUAAAUGAUGGAGCCCCAAAUGUGGGAAAAAAUUGGCUUCAUGAUGCCUAUCAACAAGCUAUUUUAACAUUAGCUGCUAUUAAAAUCGCUUCUCAGUUCCUAAGAGCAGGUGGUUGGUUUGUGACAAAAAUAUUUCGAUCUAAAGAUUAUCACCCACUACUUUGGGUGUUAAAACAAUUAUUCAAGAAGGUGCAUGCUACUAAACCUCAAGCUUCACGUAACGAGUCCGCGGAAAUUUUUGUUGUUUGUCAAUACUAUAUCGCUCCUGAUAAAUUGGAUCCCAAGUUUCUCGAUCCAAAGUAUGUAUUUUCUGAGUUAGAAAUAAAAAAUGCAAACAAGAUAAAUAUUUUCCACCCAGAAAGACAGAAGAAACCUAGGGCAGAAGGAUAUCCUGAGAAUGACUAUACAUUAUAUCAUAAGUUAUCUGCUAAAGAGUUCAUUGCUUGUGAAGAUGCAGUGGAGGCUUUGCAAACUGCUUCCGAAAUAGUGAUAGAUGACGAAGCUAUUGAUAAACAUGAGAAAACGACAAGAGAAAUUAGAGAAUCUUGCAAAGAUAUUAAAGUACUUGGUCGAAAAGAUUUGAAGAUGUUACUCAAAUGGUGGAAAGCGUUGAAAGAGGCACAGUCUGAGGAAAAAAAAGAGGACGGGACUACGCUUGAAGAUGAAACUGCAGCCACACCUGCAGCUAUUAGUCUCGAAGAACAGGAGGAUUUGGAAGACGCGGAAAUCGAGAAACAAAUUGCUGAGCUCAGAGAUACGGAAGUAAAAGAAUUGAAACGCAAGAAGAAAAAAGUUCAUAAAGAGAGACAAAAGCUGAACGAACGUCUCAAUUUGAAAAUGAUUCACAAAGGCGACGAGGGACCUAAAUUGGAAGGAGACGAUAUGUUCAAUUUAAAGCAGAUACAAACCUAUCAACAAUUGGAACAAGUUACGGAUCAAACACCCGACGUCGUGGCGGAAAGCGAGGAAGAUUCGGACGACGAAGAAAUCAAGCCGAAGACGAUUCGUUACGAGAAGGAUGCAGGUCACUUGGAUAGUAAAGGCUUAUAUUAUAAAAUGGAAGACAGCGAGGAUAAUGACACCGAUGCUACAUCGGAUGAUGACGCGGAUAGUGAAAAAUCUGGGCUAGGUCUGGGAGAUUCGGAGGACGAAAGUACGAAGAAAAAAACGCUGCCAAAAAAGAAACGAGAAUUUAAUGAUCCCGAUAGCAAUCCACUGCUGACUGAUCUAGACUUCCGGGAUAAGAAAGCAAAAAAGAUUCAUAAGGCAGAACUGUGGUUCGAAAAAGAUGCAUUUAAAAAUUUAGAGAAUGAGGACGAUGAAGAUUAUGAGUUGGAUAGAAUGAUUGAGCUGUACAAAAAGAAAGGUGGGCAUGUCCUCGGAGAAGAGAAGAAGAUAGAAAAUCACGAUGAGAACAAGAAACGAAAACGCGAAGACAAUGAGAGUUCCGAGGAUGAGUUAAAUUCCGAUUAUGACAUGGAAGAAAUGAUGGAAACUAACAAGAAAAGGAAGAAGACCGGUGGAAAAGACGGUUUUGAAAUAGUAUCUCGCGAAGAGGAUAAAAAGUUGAAGAAGAAGAAGAAAUUGACCGCGGAAGAUUUAGCACUUGGCACGUUGCUGAUUCAAAGUAAAAAAUCCCGAAGGGAUUUGAUCGAUUCAGGUUGGAACAGAUACGCGUUCAACGACGAAAAUUUACCCGACUGGUUUACGAAGGAUGAGGAGAAGCAUAUGAAGAAAGAGGCACCUGUACCUGUUGAAUUAAUAAAUGAUUAUAAAAAGCGAGUCGAGGACUUAAACGUUAGACCGAUUAAGAAAGUGAUGGAAGCUAAGGCGAGGAAGAAGAAGCGUGCGAUGCGCAAACUUGAGAAGGCCAAGAAGAAGGUAGAGACGUUGAUGGACAGCACGGAUAUUAGCGACAGGGAGAAGGCCAGACAAGUUGCAGCGUUGUAUAAGAAAGCUACCAAGGAGCCGAAGAAGGAAAUCACGUAUAUCGUUGCGAAGAAACACUUGGCGCAGAAGCGCGCCGCUCGGCCUGCCGGUGUGAAAGGUCGAUACAAAGUAGUCGAUCCGAGAAUGAAGAAGGAUAUACGUGCGGCGAAAGCGAAGGAAAAGACUAAAGGCCGCGGAAAGAAACAUCGAGGCGGAAAGACUCCUAAAGCAAAACCCAAAACUAUGAAAAGGAAGAGGGCCAAGUAGACUUUAUUUUCUAUAUGAUAAAAAGAAAGUCAUCUUUAUAGCUAUUUUAUCUCAACAUUCGCGCGAUGCAAUAUUUGCAUCGUUCGCUCGUGGGGAGUGUAAUAAUUAAUAAAUA